UAUUAUUAAGACGUUAUAUUAAGACGUAUAAAAACAAUACAAUAUGUUCAACCCCUUUCUAGUAGUGGAAUAAUCAAAAUCAACCCAGGGGAUUGGAAAAUACAAUACUCCGGAAAGGGUACCAAACAGCGCUGAAAAUGUCUGUAUCAACCCCUUACAAUGGUCCCGAACCACACUUAUGAAAUAUGUUGGAGUUAUGGAGAGUGAAAUAAAAUGUUGCACUUGGAUCAUUUUUAAUGAUGGGUAUUUUCUUAGGGAAACGCUCAUAAUUGAAAUCGUCCAAGUUCAGAGUUCAAGCGCAUGCGCGCUGUGAUUGCACACACGAGAAACUGGCUAGCAAACAUUCACUAGCUGAGUAGUUACACUUUUUCAAAAUUUCACUGCAUUUGUUUCUAGCAACAACAUAAUGGCAGCAAGAUAUGAUAGGGCGAUCACUGUGUUUUCUCCUGACGGUCACCUUUUUCAGGUGGAAUAUGCACAAGAGGCUGUGAAGAAAGGCUCCACCGCUGUAAGUUUAUGAAGCUGAUAAGCAGCUGUUAGCUGUGUCACUUAGCUAACGAUAACUUUUUGUGACGGUGAUGAAGGAGCAAAUUGAUGGUUUCCACUAGUGACCACAGCCACAGUCAAAAUUGGCUAUAUUAUAAAAAUUCAUGAAAACAAAAAUGUGCUUUUUAGUCAUAAUUUAAGGUUAUGCAUAAGGUUAGUUAGGUUUAAAAUCAGAUUUGUUAAGGGUAGGUAGCAUAAACUUAACCACAGAUUUGCAUUAGAAUACGCUUGAAAUAGUCCCAAUACAAAGUUACACCUCACUUUUCUAUUUUUGGAGUUAUUAAAUAAAACUGAUCUGAAGAAAUCAUGCUGGAAAUAACAUUUGCGGGAUGUGACCUAAUAUAGAGGACUGGCAACCCAGCCUAUUCCAUAUAAUCAAAAUUCCAACACAAAUAAUUUCAAAUUAAACCAAAUCGUUUGCAUGAUGACUACUGGCUUGCUCAUGACUACUGGUUGAAAUUAAAAUUUCAGCCAAUUUACAAGCAAAUACUUUAUGAAGUUGUUACAAAUCAGCUUGCAAGGUUGCUAGUCAACUAGCCUGCUAAGGUUAGCCCUACUAGCCUGCUAACGGUAGUACUACGUGAGUCAGCCGGUUGCUAUCAACACCUAGAUUACAGCUACAUUAAAGUAAACCAAAGUGUUGGACAUUAUAACGCCAUCUAAACAGUUAUCAAAUAAUAUUACCAGUAUAUGCAGUCAUUUAGCCUGCUAGCUAACCAGAACUAGCCUAGCUAGCCAACCACCACGGUCAAUAUAGCUAAGUAAACUCAGCAAAAAAAGAAACGUCCCUUUUUCAGGACCCUGUCUUUCAAAGAUAAUCUAAAAAAUCCAAAUAACUUCACAGAUCUUAAUUGUAAAGGGUUUAAACACUGUUUCCCAUGCUUAUUCAAUGAACCAUAAACAAUUAAUGUGGUUAAGACAGUUUACAGACCAGUAGGCAAUUAAGGUCACAGUUAUGAAAACUUAGGACACUAAAGAGGCCUUUCUACUGACUCUGAAAAACACCAAAAUAAAGAUGCCCAGGGUCCCUGCUCAUAUGCGUGAACGUGCCUUAGGCAUGCUGCAAGGAGACAUGAGGACUGCAGAUGUGGCCAGGGCAAUCAAUUGCAAUGUCCGUACUGUCAGACGCCUAAGACAGCGCUACAGGGAGACAGGACGGAUAGCUGAUCGUCCUCACAGUGGCAGACCACGUGUAACAACACCUGCACAGGAUCGGUACAUCCGAAAAUCACACCUGCGGGACAGGUACAGGAUGGCAACAACAACUGCCUGAGUUACACCAGGAAUGCACAAUCCCUCCAUCAGUGCUCAGACUGUCCGCAAUAGGCUGAGAGAGGCUGGACUGAGGGCUUGUAGGCCUGUUGUAAGGCAGGUCCUCACCAGACAUCACCAGCAACAACGACGCCUAUGGGCACAAACCCACCGUCUGGCAAAAAGUGCUCUUCACUGAUGAGUCGCGGUUUUGUCUCACCAGGGGUGAUGGUCAGAUUCGCGUUUAUCGUCGAAGGAAUGAGCGUUACACCGAGGCCUGUACUCUGGAGUGGGAUCAAUUUGGAGGUGGAAGGUCUGUCAUGGUCUGGGGCAGUGUGUCACAGCAUCAUCGGACUGAGCUUGUCAUUGCAGGCAAUCUCAACGCUGUGCGUUACAGGGAAGACAUCCUCCUCCCUCAUGUGGUACCCUUCCUGCAGGCUCAUUCUGACAUGACCCUCCAGCAUGACAAUGCCACCAGCCAUACUGCUCGUUCUGUGCGUGAUUUCCUGCAAGACAGGAAUGUCAGUGUUCUGCCAUGGCCAGCGAAGAGCCCGGAUCUCAAUCCCAUUGAGCACGUCUGGGACCUGUUGGAUUGGAGGUUGAGGGCUAGGGCCAUUCCCCCCAGAAAUGUCUGUGAACUUGCAGGUGCCUUGAUGGAAGAGUGGGGUAACAUCUCACAGCAAGAACUGGCAAAUCUGGUGCAGUCCAUGUGGAGGAGAUGCACUGCAGUACUUAAUGCAGCUGGUGGCCACACCAGAUACUGACUGUUACUUUUGAUUUUGACCCCCCCCCCCCCCUUUGUUCAGGGACACAUUAUUCAAUUUCUGUUAGUCACAUGUCUGUGGAACUUGUUCAGUUUAUCGCUCAGUUGUUGAUUCUUGUUAUGUUCAUACAAAUAGUUACACAUGUUAGGUUUGCUGAAAAUAAACGCAGUUGACAGUGAGAGGACAUUUCUUUUUUUGCUGAGUUUAGUAAGACAGAGAACAACUAGUCUAACACAGGCAGGAACCAACAGAACACAACAACAAAAAAAGCCAGCAGAUAUAAAGUGGAGAGCAGGGACUUACCGAUUGACGGCUGAGUUAGUUACCAAAGUCAAAGAGCCAAGGAGACUCCUUCAGAGGGAGAGUCAGCUAGCUAAUCCAAUAGCGAUAAUGAGGUAAAUUCACAUUGAAUGUACCCGGUUUAUCUCCAAAUCAAAUUUUAUUGGUCGCAUACAUAUUUAGCAGAUGUUAUUGCAGGUGUAGCGAAAUGCUUAUGUUCCUAGCUCCAACAGUGCAGUAAUAUCUAACAAUGCACAGCAAUACAAACAAAUCUAAAAGGAAAAUAAUGGAAUUAAGAAUUAUAGAAUUAUAUGAGGACGAGCAAUGUCGGAGUCCGGAGUAAUCAAAAAUUAUAUAUACAGGACCAGUCAAAAGUUGACACACCUACUCAUUCCAGGGUUUGUCUUUAUUUUGACUAUGUUCUACAUUGUGGAAUAAUAGUGAAGACAGAACUAUGAAAUAACACAUGGAAUCAUGUAGUAACCAAAAAUGUGUUAAACAAAUCUAAAUAUAUUUCAUAUUUGAGAUUCUUCAAAUAGCCACCCUUUGCCUUGAUGACAGCUUUGUACACUCUUGGCAUUCUCUCAACCAGCUUCACCUAGAAUGCUUGUCCAACAGUCUUGAAUGAGUUCCCACAUGCUGAGCACUUGUUGGCUGCUUUUCCUUCACUCUACAGUCCGACUCAUCCCCAAACCAUCUCAAUUGGGUUGAGGUCAGGGGAUUGUGGAGGCCAGGUCAUCUGAUGCAGCACUCCAUCACUCUCCUUGGUCAAAUAGCCCUUACACAGCCUGGAAGUGUGUUUCAGGCCAUUGUCCUGUUGAAAAACAAAUGAUAGUCCCACUAAGCGCAAACCAGAUGGGAUGGCGUAUCGCUGCAGAAUGUUGUAGCCAUGCUGGUUAAGCGUGCCGUGCCUUGAAUUCUAAAUAAAUCACAGACCGUGUCACCAGCAAUGCACCAUUACAUCUCCUCCUCCAUACUUCACGGUGGGAAUCACACAUGCAGAGAUAAAACCUUCACCUACUCUGCGUCUCACAAAGACACGGAGGUUGGAUUUCCACUGGUCUAAUGUCAAUUGCUCGUGUUUCUUGGCCCUCGUGGAGUUGCAAUGAUCAUGAGAACGGUGAGGAAUCAGCCCAGAACUACACGGGAGGAUCUUGUCAAUGAUCUCAAGGCAGCUGGGACCAUAGUCACCAAGAAAACAAUUGGUAACACACUACGCCGUGAAGGACUGAAAUCCUGCAGCGCCCGCAAGGUCCCCCUGCUCAAGAAAGCACAUAUACAUGCCCGUCUGAAGUUUGCCAAUGAGCAUCUGAAUGAUUCAGAGGAGAACUGGGUGAAAGUGUUGUGGUCAGAUGAGACCAAAAUGGAGCUCUUUGGCAUCAACUCAACUCGACGUGUUUGGAGGAGGAGGAAUGCUGCCUAUGACCCCAGGAACACCAUCCCCACCGUCAAACAUGGAGGUGGAAACAUUAUGCUUUGGGGGUGUUUUUCUGCUAAGGGGACAGGACAACUUCACCGCAUCAAAAGGGACGAUGGACGGGGCCAUGUAACGUCAAAUCUUGGGUGAGAACCUCCUUCCCUCAGCCAGGGCAUUGAAAAUGGGUUGUGGAUGGGUAUUCCAGUAUGACAAUGACCCAAAACACACGGCCAAGGCAACAAAGGAGUGGCUCAAGAAGAAGCACAUUAAGGUCCUGGAGUGGCCUAGACAGUCUCCAGACCUUAAUCCCAUAGAAAAUCUGUGGAGGGAGCUGAAGGUUCGAGUUGCCAAACGUCAGCCUCGAAACCUUUAAUGACUUGGAGAAGAUCUGCAAAGAGGAGUGGGACAAAAUCCCUCCUGAGAUGUGUGCAAACCUGGUGGCCAACUACAAGAAAUGUCUGACCUCUGUGAUUGCCAACAAGGGUUUUGCCACCAAGUACUAAGUCAUGUUUUGCAGAGGGGUCAAAUACUUAUUUCCCUCAUUAAAAUGCAAAUCAAUUUAUAACAUUUUUGACAUGCAUUUUUCUGGAUUUUUUUUAAAUUCUGUCUCUCACUGUUCAAAUAAACCUACCAUUAAAAUUAUAGACUGAUCAUUUCUUUGUCAGUGGGCAAACGUACAAAAUCAGCAGGGGAUCAAAUACUUUUUUCCCUCACUGUAUGUACAUAGGGCAGCAGCCUCUAAUGUGCAGGGAUGAGUAACCGGAUGGUAGCCGGCUAGUGACAGUGACUAAGUUCAGGGUAGGGUACUGGGUGGAGGCUGGCUAGUGAUGGCUAUUUAACAGUCUGAUGGCCUUGAGAUAGAAGCUGUUUUUCAGUCUCUCGGGCGGUGAUAAAGUCUGACAGGAUGCUCUCAAUGAUGCAUCUGUAAACGUUUUUGAGGGUCUUAGGGGCCAAGUUUCUUCAGUCUCCUGAGGUUGAACAAGUGCUGUUGCACCUUCUUCACCACACUGUCUGUGUGGGUGGACCUUUUCAGAUUGUCAGUGAUGUGUACACCGAGGAACUUGUAGCUUUUCACCUUCUCCACUGCGGCCUGUCGAUGUGGAUGGGGGCGUGCUCCCUCUGCUGUCUCCUGAAGUCCACGAUCAGCUCCUUUGUUUAGUUGAUGUUGAGGGAGAGGUUAUUUUCCUGGCACCACUCUGCCAGGCCCUCACCUCCCCCUUGUAGGCUGUCUCGCAAUGUACUGGUAGGUCGGUAGGAAAUAAUGGUUGCAGGCUUCACAAUCAACGUCGGCACAGCACCUGGUUUCAGUCAGUCUCAUUCUGAAUCCUGCCCUCCACUGGUUAUAGUAAGCCGUCAAAGUCCUGGGUGAAAUGAGCACCGCAUACAGUAGAUGUGCGCACGGUUCCCAUACUCCAAUCUACUCACUUCAAAUGGUUCCAACAUCAAAGUUUGCGUCUCGUUUUUGGGCAACAAAUGAGUCGUUACUCCUUACUUGCACUGCACUGCAAGUAAGGAGUAACUGGCUACAAAUGACGGAAAACUACUACAACGCUCACUUGAAUACCACUACCAAAUGCACAGGAGAAGAGGCGUUGCAGUUUUUCACAUGAAUUUUUCUUGUUUAUGGAUGUACAUAUUAGCUCACCAGCUCCAACACUUGGUUUGGAAUGUAAUUACAUGCUAGCAUGGCUAGUAGCUAACGUUAACCAGCUGGAUCUAGCACCGGGUCGCCGUAUGACGGUGAGAAAUAGUGAAUUGUGGGUAGUUACGAAGAUAUCUGGAAAUAAGUUAAUAAAUAUGUAAAAACGCUAAAACGUAACUACAAGUGCAGCUCAAUAAAUUAGAAUAUUGUGGAAAAGUUAAGUAAUUUCAAUAAUUCAAUUGACAAAGUGAAACUCAUAUCGUGGAUUAAUUACACAAAAAUUUUAAUAGUUCAAGGCUAUAUUUGUUUUAAUCUUGAUGGUUACGGCUUACAGCUCAUGAAAACCCCAAAUUCAGUAUCUCAGAAAAUUAGAAUAUUGUGAAAAAGUUUAAUAUUGUAGACUCAAGGUGUCACACUCUAAUCAGCGAACUAACUCAAAACACCUGCAAAGGUUUCCUGAGCCUUUAAAUGGUAUCUCAGUCCAGUUCAGUAGGCUUCACAAUCAUGGGGAAGACUGCUGACUUGACAGUUGUGCAGAAGACAGUCAUCAACACCCUCCACAAGGAGGGAAAGCCUCAAAAGAUCAUUGCUAAAGAAGCUGGCUGUUCACAGAGUGCUGUAUCCAAGCAUAUUCAUGGUAAAUCGAGUGGAAGGAAGAAGUGUGGUAGGAAAAGGUGCACAAGCAACAGGGAUAACCGGAGCCUUGACGAUUGUCAAGCAAAGGCCAUUCAAAAAUGUGGGAGAGCUUCACAAGGAGUGGACUGAGGCAGGAGGCAGUGCAUCAAGAGCCACCACGCACAGACGUAUCCAGGAAAUGGUCUACAACUGUCGCAUUCCUCGUGUCAAGCCACUCCUGAACCAGAGGCAACGGCAGAAGCGUCUUACCUGGGCUAAGGAGAAAAAUAACUGGUCUAUCGCUCAGUGGUCCAAAGUCCUCUUUUCAGAUUAAAGUAAAUUUUGCAUUUCAUUUGGCAAUCAAGGUCCCAGAGUCUGGAGGAAGAGUGGAGAGGCACAGAAUCCAAGUUGCUUGAAGUCCAGUGUGAAGUUUCCACAGUCAGUGAUGAUUUGGGGAGCCAUGUCAUCUUCUGGUGUUGGUCCACUGUGUUUCAUCAAGUCCAAAGUCAACUCAGCCGUCUACCAGGAAAUGUUAGAGUACUUCAUGCUUCCUUCUGCUGACAAGCUUUAUGGAGAUGCUGAUUUCAUUUUCCAGCAGGACUUGGCACCUGCCCACACUGCCAAAGGUACCAAUACCUGGUUCAAUGACCAUGGGAUUACUGUGCUUGAUUGGCCAGCAAACUCGCCUGAUCUGAACCCCAUAGAGAAUUGAUGGGGUAUUGUCAAGAGGUAGAUGAGAGACACGAGACCCAACAAUGCAGACGAGCUGAAGGCCGCUAUCGAAGCAACCUGGGCUUCCAUAAUACCUCAGCAGUGCCACAGGCUGAUCGACUCCAUGCCACGCCGCAUAGAUACAGUGAUUCAUGCAAAAGGAGCCCCAACCAAGUACUGACUGCAUGUACAAGAACAUACUUUUCAGAAGGCCGACAUGUCUGUAUUACAUUUCAUUUUUUCACUGGUCUUAUGUCAUAUUCUAAUUUUCUGAGAUACUGAAUUUGGGGUUUUCAUGAGCUGUAAGCCGUAAUCAUCAAGAUUAAAACAAAUACAGGCUUGAACUAUUUCACUUUUUGUGUAAUUAAUCCACAAUAUGAGUUUCACUUUGUCAAUUGAAUUAUUGAAAUGACUUAACUUUUCCACAAUAUUCUAAUUUAUUGAGCUGCACCUGUAUGGUUGUAGUUAUAGGUAAACAGAUCAUGACUACAACUAAGUUACUAAGUCUUUGACCACACUGUUGUUACUUUGGUGAGUAAAACUCAUGCUUCCUACCCUUAAAGAUGAGAAAUGGUCAAAAUAGGUGGGGUUUAUGACCUUGUGGCUGUGGUAACUAGUGACAUCCCAAAUUGAUAGCUAUAGCUAGCUAACUCAAUUUACUAGCAACUACUAGCUAGCUAACUAUCAUGUUCUAUAAUUGAAUGCUAUUAUAUGGAAUAUGUUUGCUUGCAUAAUAAUUUCAGUGUGAUUACUUAGCUAGCAAGCUAACAGUUACUUAGCAAAGCUCGCUAGCUAACUGUCACAGAGCGCAUGCACUGUUUGUUUAAAUAGCUAGCUGACUGUUUAAUUUCCCCAUUUAUUCCUAUAACAUUAGGUGGGCAUCAGGGGCAAAGACAUUGUUGUCCUUGGAGUUGAGAAGAAGUCCGUGGCCAAGCUACAAGAGGAAAGAACAGUCCGCAAAAUAUGCGCCCUAGACGACCAUGUCUGUAUGGCAUUCGCAGGUACCUAUAAACUUCAUUAAUUUGCUUGAAAUUGAAACCAGCUGGAAGGUUUGAUCUUAUUUAACUAGCUGUCUGUCAGGUCUGACAGCAGAUGCCCGCAUCGUGAUCAACAGAGCUCGUGUGGAGUGCCAGAGUCACAGGCUCACUGUGGAGGACCCAGUGACCGUGGAGUACAUCACACGACACAUCGCCACCCUGAAACAGGUAGGAUAGCCUACAUCGCCAUACUUAAACAGGUAGACCCCGUCCCUCGAACUAAGAACAAACAGCCCCUAACGGCUUUGCAUAGAGUACCACAGUAUGAGUCAUAAUACCCACAAAACCUAGAGGUCAAACAAGGAAAUGGUUCCAAUCGUUUUUCCACCAUACAUUUUUCCCCAUAGAGAAUUUUAGAAAAUUAAAAUUAGGGCUAUUUUCGUGUAGGCUUACCCUGGCAUGACAUUGUGAUAACCGAGUAAAUGUCUUUAGGACAAGGUGACUUUUAUCAAUAUAUUUGCCUGUAUUUACCCCCCCAAAAUGAAAUGCUAAUUAGCUGCUAAUAUGGCUAUCAUGAAGAACUACAAAUGCCAUGAUGAUCUGGAUGAGGCUGCCGAAUCGAGGCAAAGGUAAUAAUCUCUGGAUUAACUAUCUAAUGUUAGCCAAAUUUAGUAAUAUAUAAAUUGGCUACAUUUCUUUAAAUUGACAAUUCUGUGAACUGUCUUGACCAAGUUUUAAAUUGACACAACCUGUUAGCAAAGGUGUCAUCUAGGAUCUUGCAGGGAUUUGUAGUCUUGCAUGAUGUCUACUUUGAUGCUAAUUAGCAUUUUCGAAUCUGAGAGUAAAUAGAGCUGAAUAUAUUGAUAAGUCACCUUGUCCGAGAGAGAUUUACAUGGUUAUCAAAACUCAUGCCAGGGUAAGCCUAGACGAAACACAGCCCUUACUUUAAGUGUUUCUAAAAUCCCCUAUGGGAAACAUGAAUGGUGGAAAACCGAUUGGAAUAAUUUCCCUGUUUGACCGCUAGGUUUUAUGGGUAUUAUGACAACUUCACUGUGGGGCUCUAUUGCCACCCAUGAGACUCCAAAAAUAAUAAUAAAAACCCCAUGCAUGUGUGCCAGAAAGCAGUAGCUUAUGUGGGACUUGUAUUUUGAUGAGGUGAAGCAAAGAGGAAAUGAAAAAGAUGUUUGUGUGGAUAUUUGAUCUCUAAUUACUAACUACAUAACCCCCCCCCCCAGUUCAGAUGAUGCCUGACUGAAUGGUCUUUGAAGGUCAGUUUUGUGUUCAUAACCGGUUUUGAUAUUUUAAUUCUGUAGCGCUACACUCAGAGCAAUGGACGCAGACCGUUUGGCAUUUCUGCCUUGAUCGUGGGUUUUGACUGUGAUGGGACCCCCAGGCUCUAUCAGACUGACCCCUCUGGAACAUACCAUGCAUGGAAGGUCAGCCAAUCCACAAAGAUUCCUUACCUUUCUCCACAGCCAAAUAUGUUUAACUUUCUUCACAGCUAUAGUGUCUAUAACUAGUGUGCCUGAAGUGUAUCGUAGCAAAAAUUUGAACAUUUCUUAUCCUAAAUGUUCAGGUCUGUUUUUUUAAAUCAACAUUAGUAGGAGAACAACAUUUUCCUUUUGAGGUGUAUUUUUAAAUUGUUUUUCUUUUAUUGUUUAGAAAUACUGAGGUACUGAUUUGUUUCCCAUCCCUUUGUUCAGGCAAAUGCGAUUGGCCGUAGUGCUAAGACAGUGAGGGAGUUCCUGGAGAAGAACUACACAGACGAAGCCAUCGCCACUGACAAUGAGGCGAUAAAGCUGGCCAUCAAAGCCUUGCUUGAGGUGAGGUCAAAUUCCAAACUGACCCCUAACCCCUACUCCUUAGGCACUUCUAGAUCUGAGGCAAUUGAAUUGGUAUAUCCAGUAUGGCAAAAAUGCCACCUAGCCAAUUAGAGGGCAAGAUAGAGCUACACAAUUAGCAUAUUAUUUAUACCUACAGGAAUUCUGGAUGUUACAUACAUUGUCUAGGGGCAAGGGAAGGGGGUCAAUUUGCAAUUCAGCAUAGGUUUGCACCUGAAAGCCAUCAGGCAUAUUUAUAUGCGUACAUUUGCCUUUGAACUAUGUCUACAGGUGGUUCAGUCUGGUGGGAAGAACAUUGAACUUGCUGUGAUUAGAAGAAACCAGCCACUGAAGGUAAUCUCAUCAAGGAGUUUUCUUUUUCUUAGGGUCUUGGUCUCUUGUCCUAGUAUUUACUGCUUUGCAAAUGUAUUUGUGUCUAUGGGCUAAUUGCUGUAUUUUCUACUCCAUGUAGUUAUUGGAGUCCAAAGAAAUUGAGACCCUGGUGGCUGAGAUAGAGAAAGAGAAGGAAGAGGAGGCAGAGAAGAAAAAACAGAAGAAGUCUACUUGAAGUCGUUACUGAACCACUGGCUUUCAUUAAGCACUUCCGUGAAGGCAGCAUAUUUGGUCUGCAAACAUCCAAACGUGUUUACAGUUCCAAAGGUUUACAGGCCCAAAAACAGCUUUCAUGUCACACACUAAGGGCUGAAUCUUAACUUGAUCUAGGUUGGUAUGUUGAGUUAGUCACACAAAUCUCACAUUGCCAUCAAUGCAUGGUUUAUGUGGAAGUCUAAGUCAAAUGUAUGGAUCUCAAGUUAGGAUUCAGACCUACAAUGAGGUCUCCCCUCUGCCCACUUAAGGUAACAAACAGUAUGUUGUUGAACUUCUUUGAAGUGAAUGUUAUUGGAUCAAAAUACUUAAUAAAGUCAACUUGUUUAUGUA